AUGCAUCAACGGCCUCUGGCGGACCCCAACAGCAAGGACGACCUCCUCGUGCCGGCCGACGUUUCCUUUGCGACAAUGAUGACGAACCGCACCGGUUCUCCUGCGGCCGAUGUCAGCGCGUUUGUCGCACCGGAUCCGGUGGACGCGGGUGCUGUCUACCACGGCGAUGCUUUUGGCAGUGGUGAGAACCAUGGCGCCAAUGAAAGUGGAGGCCGUAUCGAGACGACGGCGGAGGGUCGCAGUGCCGUCGAGUUUUUUGACGAUGUCUUUGGCUCAUCGCCAGACGAUCACCAUCGCGGGCCCCGACCACCGUCCGGUGCGGCCACCGCGUCGUUGCCGACCAUUCCUGCGCCCAUUGUGCCCACUGUCUACCAAGACAGCCACCGCCACCCAUCCGACAUGAACCGCCUCGAGCAGGAGCACAGCACGUCCGGCUACCGCGACGGCCUCAGCGCGGGCAAGAACGCCACGCUCCAAGCCGGCUUCGACGAGGGCUACUCGCUGGGUGCGGCGAUCGGCGGCGUCGUAGGUGAGCUCCUGGGCCUGCUGGAAGCGUUGGUCGUGUCGGGUGGCGAGGACGACGAGGAGACAACAUCCACCGCCUCCACAGCCCCCACAACCACAGAGGAUGCAACUGGUGCACAUGACACAGAUCCUUUGCCGGUCCUCCUCGGCCGCGCCCGUCGUGACUUGACGGCGCCGUCCAUCUUCUCGCCCUGCUACUUUGCAGCCGACGGCACGUGGAUAUACGAUGUGGAGGCCAGUGAGCCUGCUGGGGCAGACACAGCCGAGGCCGGUGCGGCCGUCCACACGACCAUCUUUGACGUUGCCAACGCGCAUCCGCUCGUCAAGACGUGGCGCGGCAUCGUGGACCGGCAGCUCGAGCGUCGGCGCAUCCGCUGGGGCAAGGCCGGGGACGAGGCAGCCUUGGCCACGGCACUGGGCCUCAAGGACGAGGACGAGAGCCAUGGCGGUGCUGGCGGUGCUGGCGGUGCUGGCGAGACGUCGGCGACCGACGCAGCGCCUACAGCCACACCACGGGCCCCGGCCAACGACGCCUCGGCCCUGGAUUGGUGA